CAGUAGUGAGCUAGGAGUGCCUGAGUGAGGAUCCAAUGAGCUGGAUGUGUGUGAGGAUCCAGUAAGCUGGAAGUGAGUAAGGCUCCAGUGAGCUGGAAGUGUGAGUGAGGAUGGAGGUAAUAUAGACUACCAACAACGCCGCCACACCUGAUUGUGGGACAAAAACAGGCGACAAAGCGAGGUGGAAAUUCUCAACCAGACAGCCGAGUUUAAAAACAAUAACGUGUGCUUGGUAGGUGUGUGUGUGUGUGAGAGAGCGUGCGCGCAGGUACGCUACAGAUAAACUACUGGUGUAGUGAAGAUUGGAGGUGGACACACCCCCAGAAAUUAUAUCACCCAGCGGUGACUGUUAUUAAGUCUCUUCCGAUCUACUGUGCAUUAACAAACCCACAAUCAUUCACAUCGGUAUCAUAGUGUUUUACGUAAUAACAAGUAGAGAAAACUCAAGUUGUGUGUAUAUAUUUAGUGACUAAGUUUUCAUAUCAUAGAAGAGAUACAAAUAAUAAAUACUAGACUAAAAGCUACCUAAGAGGAAUAUUACACAAGAUUUAUGAAUCAAGCAAGGUGAGGUUUUGACCCUGGUUCUAUAACGUAUACAAUGAUGUGCGGGAGUGUGUGUGUGGAGGGUGAAGAUCACCACACCUGAGAGUCAGCAUCACCACUACUGAGACAAGUCAGCAUCACCACACCUGAGACAAGAGUGACCCUCGCCACACCUGAGACAAGAGUGACCCUCGCCACACCUGAGACAAGAGUGAGCAUCACCACACCUGAGACAAGAGUGACCCUCGCCACACCUGAGACAAGAGUCAGCAUCACCACACCUGAGACAAGUCAGCAUCACCACACCUGAGACAAGAGUCAGCAUCACCACACCUGAGACAAGAGUGACCCUCGCCACACCUGAGACAAGAGUGAGCAUCACCACACCUGAGACAAGUCAGCAUCACCACACCUGAGACAAGAGUCAGCAUCACCACACCUGAGACAAGAGUCAGCAUCACCACACCUGAGACAAGAGUGACCCUCGCCAACACCUGAAACAAAAGAAAGCCUCACCACACCCACGAAUGUCUCCCUACUCUUAAUAUGAUUACCCUUUGGUUCCUGUGUGUUGUGAGUGGGCUGGGAGUGAGCCAACACCUGAACCGCAUACCAGCCGCCCAAGUGUCAAUAACUAACCCAGGAGAACGAGGGCUCAUCCCUGCACAGCCUUACAGUCCUCCCACGCCCUCCACCACGCCGCCCACACCACCCACCCCACCACCCGCCUCUCCACACACCCAUGCCCACCUGAAUGAAAUAGAAUCUGGGGUAUAUGUCCAAGACCAUGGGUACCGGCGAGCCCCAGCGGGUGCCACUACAGUUCUUCCCAGUUUGGUGCUCGACGCGCUCACUCUACUUACCAGCAGCCCUCGCCAGAUACAAGACGCGGCUGCAAUUAACCAGGACGAUAACACUGAUGGUGAAGUCUCACAGUUUGGUAGCGCUUCCCCGUCACUUGUGUCAGGUAACAAGCAGAAGCAACAACAGACCUCCAAUAAAAACUUAUCUUCCACACCACAGACACCUCACACCCGUCCUGUACCUGUCCCCGUCGAUACUCACCUGUCAGUACCUGUAACUCACAACGGUAUACUUAGCAGUAAUUUGCCUAUCGCAGAAUUCACAGAUGAAGGCCACCAAUCAUCGGAGACUCCGGACCAUGAAUCUGUGCAUCUGGAAUCACCAAUUAACAAUCAUAAGCAUCCUCAAGAACCUAAGUUAUUACAGAAGGAGCACACACAAACCGUGAAGGAAGUUGAGGAAGCAGCACGAAGAGAAAACUUGAGAGCACCACUGAUGAGUGACAAAGUGACAACGGAGUUAAGUGUCGUGACAACCACUCCCCACCAACCUGUAGGAGUAACUAACAACGUAAAUGUAACACAAGCUAAACCACCUGGCCAAGUUCUCCAACCACGGUUAACUUAUUAUCAAACAAUUUCUGGCAACACAUCUCAACUUUCAACCCCGACGCUUCCAUCACCACACUAUGACCAUCAACGGGCACACCAAUCGGGUUUCCUUCAACCUCAGCUUGACUUUACAGAGAGAAACUUACCUUUAACGAAAUACUUUGAGACAACAGCAAUCCCCACGAGAGACCAAGGUAGAGCUGUACUACACACUUUGCCUCCAAGCCCCUCUGGGAAACCCCCGCCCGUGCAUCAUAGGGGAAUUCUUCCACUUGCCCCACCAAGCAGUGCUUACCACAUAUUCCCAGUCUCACGCUUACCCAUUCCAACUCAUCACAGAGCUCUGUAUCCGUUUUACACCCUUCAUUAUCCAUUCAGUGCCUUUCAAAGCCCAGUUAUUGGCCCUCGACUGCCUAUCCCUCUAAAAGAAGAAGCAGAUGUACUUGGGCCUCCACCUCGGUUAUACUAUCUACCACAAUAUUCCAUACAGCGUCCUUUACCGCAACAACUUCAUAAACAUGCACAUUUUACACCAAGACCUCAACUCUACACACAAUCACCACUCCCCGAGAAUAAACUCUUACCAUCUCAACUAGUUACACCAUACACUUCAGCACAUAGUCCACACACAUCACUAGUGAGCCAAGCUGACCUGCAUGACCAACCUGUUUCAACAUUUUCUCCUGAAGUAACGCCAUCGACAAAUGAUCCCACUGGGACUCAGCAUAUUCCAAGACGUGAUGAUAUAAACAGACCAGGUCAGCUUUCAUUUUAUGACCAGAGACAAUUUGACAAAUUUGCUCAAGUGUUUGAGCGCCUUAAUCAAAACAUCAAGAUAAACUCUAGUAGAAACAACCCAAUUAAUGACAAUGAUUACGAUUACGAUGACUAUUACGAUUACGAUUACUAUGAUGAGUACCCUGAGACAGAUGGAGAACACUCAUACCCCGAGACCCUAGGGGUUAAACACCCAGAGUCCUUUAUCACCACAGGUAAACACACAUCAACUCUUCCCAUAAAGUUACACAGCAGACCUGAACAGCCACAUACAUCACCCAAUCCUACCACGAGAGUACGAACGAGAUUUCGUGAACCCAUCACUCCGCCACCGUCUUUCAUCCCCCCGCGUGCAGGACACACAUCUGCAGGUCAGCAUCUAUAUCCGCCGUCCAUGAAGAUUAAUCAUCACCUUCAGGAACACCAACAACACAGUGGUGAGGUGAAGUCUCUUCCAACCUCGAGGCCACUCGCUUCCCCACUCACCUUACAUACAAAUAAAACCCAGUCUUUCUCUACCGAAGACGAUUUCAUGCAAGAUGCACUGCUUACAUCUCUAGAACUUCCUUCUCCUGGGCCUCUAAAUCACAUACAUUCAAUCCCAUUACAUAAAUCUGGAAACCCAUCCCUGGAAGGGCCUACAAGACAUAGUCCAACCUCACCGUCCACAUCUCCGCCAGUUAUAAGCACAACGACCACCACAAUUAAAAACAUAAGAGUUCAGACUACGCAGCGUCCAACUUCUAAGACUUCCUUAGUACACAGUCAAGAGAGUGAAGGUAAAAUAACUGUCGAUGAAAGGGCUCAACUGUCGCCCUCUGAUCCUAGUGUCUCGCAGAAGGGUGUUACUAGCCGCAGGAGGCCAGUGGGCAUAGAGAUUGGCACUAUAAUAGGGGCAGGUGGCCACACAACUUUACUGGCCUCACCGGAACAAUUACUCAAACUGCAUGCAAGCACAGGAGGCACAAGACAUCCUAGCAAACCUCGCCAACCUGUGUAUUUCUUGCCGACAGAAGCUCGAGAAAAACGUAAAUCAAAUCAACACAAGCGUGAAGUGAAUAAAGAAGCAGGUACUUCCCAGCAAGAUAUAUCGCGGCCAAAUAUGUCAAGAAAACGUCUAGGUCAACGACCACAAAUGAACAAUGAUCAAAAUUCAACUGUCAAUUUAAAAGUAAAGCUAAUCGAGCCACAUAAAACAGAAAGGCUUCCUGAUGCAACAUAUGCACAACACCUUAAUAUAUCACAUACUUACACUGCAGACGCGGAACACCUACACAAUAAGACAGACACAAUAAUACAUCAUCCAGGAGGCUACCACGCAAAUGUCUAUCAGCAACAGCAGUUACUUCAACAGACUACGAGCAAGAAAACAGAAUCAACAGUGAAAGACAAGGUUGAAAGCCCAUAUCAUAUUUCAUUAGUUACCACUAGGUCCAGUGUAACUGCCUCACCAACGCAGCUCAUUAAAACACACGUACUUAGUCAUACCUCGCCGUCUAAUGUCGCAGGUGGAGCCUUCUAUCGUUUGCCACUGUUGGGGCUGACUGGAAAGCAGGCGCUAACCACGUUCAAAGACCAACAAAAUGACCACACAACACUUCCCUCGCUAUUAUCCGACAAUCUACCAGACGUACUGCAUAAAGCUGUUACUGCCUUCCCGCCAUUCCAAAAGGACAGCGUGAGCAUCGGUGAAGACGGGAUGCUGAGGGUGGCGGGCUGGAGAAAAGAUCUGCCUUACCCGAGUCUGAACAUUUCUGCCUCCUCUCCAGCCCUCUCUGGUCUCCCGUUCUACCUCGCCCAACACCGCCACCUGGGACCCUUCUUCAUGGUCUCCCUCUAGCACUAAGUCAUCAUAUUCACACCCAGUCAACUACGUCGCACACAUAAAUAAGACUAUUAACGUGCCGCGGAGUUACCUGUAGGAUAUGUAAGCUGUUACGGUACUAGUAAGUUACUCGCAAAACUUACAUAAGCAUUAAAUAUGCCUGAGAUAUUUGUAGAAUUUACAUUAGUGGUGAAUUAAAAUUCAUUCUAAGUCUCGGUAAUCCGUGAAUUGAUAUUUAUGGACUAAACGUUUUUGUUUGUAAGAAAAUGUCGAAGCGUGAUAUUAACAAAAUUAGUCAUAGAAGAAUAUGUGAAUAUUCGAAUAUUAUUAAGAAGACAACAACAGGUGGGAAUCUAACAACUGGCUCCAGGACCAUUUAUAAAAUAGUUUAUGUACUUAACUGGACAGUGCGUAGCGAACUAAAGUUUGUAACUUUUUAGUGUGAGAACUGAGCCCUGAUGAAAUACCACGAUGGUGGUAUUCCAUCAGGGCUCAACUCUCUCAACCAUGGUCAGCAACAUUUCUACCGUAGCACUUUGGACAAUACUGCACUGAUGAAAAAAGUAACACUGAAGAUUUAAAAUACUACAGCAUUGAAACAGUGAAACUGGUAAAUCAGUAAGUGCAUACGAGUGUACGUGUCUCUUAUUAGGUAGUCACUGCUACACAAUGUGUACUCCCAGUCCAGCAUUUUUCUGUCUAAUGCCAAUUACUACUCAUUUCUCACUAUUAGUGGCCUGGUGUGUUGCAUUUGUGUACUGGUUUCUACAUGCUUAUAUAUCUUGGUGUAUAAGCUACUGUCGCAAAUUAUAUGGUACAUUUAAACAAGCACUUAUAGAAGUAGGUAUGUAAGUAGAAGACAGAAAGUAGAAGAACGAAUGUAGAAAAUACUUUAAGAAUGAUAUUAAAUACUUUGUACACGUGUAGUAAGGGUAGUUUUAGGUUAAGUAGUUGUGAGGAGUGUUUUCGCCUGCUUGUGCAUGCGUGUAGCAGUCAGUGGAGGGAUGAUGGUAGAGCCAUACUACUCCAGGAGUGAUUGUGAGGGACUCAACGAAAUACUCCACCUGUUGAGUAGACUUUACCCACAUCUUGAUAAUACAAAGAUACUUAGAGCAGUAGAAAGCCAUGUAAAUAAAGUCAUGAGUUGAUAAAGCUCCCCUUGAGCGAAACGUCGUCUUAUUAAAGGCCUGCUCUGCCCUCUGUCUUUCAACUAUAUUGAUCCCACAUGUACUAAACCCAGCCAGUCGAGCUAUAUUAUAUCUACUCUUAACACUGUGAAUGGAGGAAGCGCCCACCACCACCUCGUUAAGCACACUGCACUUUUCAUGCCCCUAGUGUACGUGAAAGCAGGCUACCGUCCAGCAACAUCCAGUACACCAUGUCGACCAUACUAGUGGCUCUGCAAGAAACAAGUAAUCUUCGCUACCGACGAACAUGAGUCCAUCCAAUGUUACACCUGUGUAGCCAGCCAAGAUGUAUCUACCAAGUGUAACCAAAUAUCCUCUAGCACAUCCAGUGAACAAGUGAAGACAAAUAAUGUCUACUAUUCAACUAUAACUGCAUUAUAAUUACAGAAUUAAACAUUACUAUGAAUUUGUAGAUGAAUGGUUCAGAGAACCGACAUGUUGAUAAAUUAGACACAUCGACUCAAGGUUGAGGGACUGAUUACCUCAUUCUUCUCCUGUUCUUCAAGUUUCUCCUACGUAUGGACUGUUGAAGCCACUGUGUGGCGAAACGUUUCCUCAAUAAAGAUACCCAAGAGUUGCACAUGUGUCUAAUUUAUCAACAUUACUAUGAAUGUAUUAUUGUGUUCUUGGUCUUCUGCGAUACAAAUAUAAGUUAUAUGUUGUUAAGAAUCACCCACAUUAAUUCUGAAUAUACUGUAUAUACAAAAAAAAAAAAUCAAUUAUUGAAACGAGUUCAGCACUAAGAGUAUUUAUAAUGUUU